GUCAGGGGGAGAUCGGAGAGGAGGGGGUCUGAUUGGCUGAAGCGGUGCUGUUGCCCCGGCGACGGCAGGGGGGGUACGGAAGCGUUGCCGUGCGGCGUGAUCUCCUCCGCGCUGCGUGGAUGGAGGAAGCAGCUGCUGAUCUUUUGACACAGCGCGAGCGAAAGGCUACUGCAUGAAAAAGCACGGCAGCUUUUGUCGUCGGACGCCACAGUAGAAUGCACGAAUACCCUCCUGGUUUGAUGGGUCCGAUAAUCGGCAUGUCUCCAGAUAAGAAAGCCGAAUCUCCUGGAGCACAGGGAGCGUGUGGAGCUGGGACUCUCCCUGAAGCAGAGAGUGCUUCCAGUCCAAUGGCCACCAGUCUAGAUCAAAUUGGUCGAUCUGUCAGUGUUGUGGCAGGCGAGUCUGAAGACGACGAGCUCACAAACCUGAACUGGCUUCAUGAGAACUUGCUACAGAACUUCUCUCUUGGAGGGCCCGAGGCACAACCCAUCAACAGCCCACUGUUUGACAUUGAGGGUGGCAUCGGGUCGCCACAUAGCAACACCAAUUCAUCCGCCUCCUCUGUUUCGACAGGAAGCGAAAGAGAUCCUUACAAGUCCAAGCCUCCCUUCUCUUUCUCUUUAUUGAUAUACAUGGCCAUCGAGCAUUCACCUAGCAAAUCUCUCCCAGUGAAGGACAUCUACGGCUGGAUCCUCAAGCAUUUUCCAUAUUUCUCCAGUGCCCCUACUGGCUGGAAGAACUCAGUGCGCCACAACCUGUCUCUUAACAAGUGCUUCCGCAAAGUAGAGAGAAGCAUAGGAAAGACCAAUGGGAAAGGCUCUCUGUGGUGCGUUCAUCCUGAGUUUCGGCCCAUGCUGAUGCAGGCCCUGAAGAAGCAGCACUUCCCCAAUGCUCAUGCCUUCUGCACCCCGCCUGCCUCCCCUCCUAGUGCCUCAUCUCCUCCUCAUCACCUCUUCACUUCGGAGCAGGGCUGUGCCCUAAAAGAAUGUGAUUUUGAUGCUGCCACUGCCAUGAUGCUGUUAAAGUCUGCCUCUGAGCAGAACAUUGACUCAUACCCAGAAGAACAAGAAGGACCCAUCGAUCUCUCCAGAAGGGACUUGGUGGUGGUGAGUCGGGAUCCAAAGCAGGAUCACAACUACAGCAGCACCCCUGCCCCUCCCUGCCCUCGCCAGAUGCCUCUUUCACAGCCGCUCAACUUCAGCCUAGGUUUGCACCACGAUCAGGAGAGACGAUGGCCACACAAUCCACUGCAGGGUCAGCUUUUAGGGAAACGCAGCCGAAGAGAUUCACGUCCCGAUGUGGAUGAGGAGCUCAAGGAGGCGGCUGGAUCGCUAUUACACCUAGCCGGUAUUCGCACCAGUUUAGUCGCCUCAAGACGCAAGAGCAGGAAACUCAGUAGGAAAUGAACCCAAUUCUGUAACUUCAUCCUGUGGCCUGCCCAACCUCUCUAUCUCGCUCUCUCCUCUGGUUUGGUGUUUCUUCCUUUUCAUUUCUAGUUUUUGGGGUGUUUUCUUUUCGUCUUUUUAACCGGGAUUACAUCCCCGGUCCACUCAUCAAAACAUGGCAAUACAAACACAGGAGAGAAAAGCCAUACUGACAUGUUUUAUGUACAGAAAACAAACAGCCCACGUCAUUUUGAGUUCAUACGAAGAGGAUUUGAAGAUGUUAAUCAUUACAAAAAAAGACACUGGUUAAAGAAAAAAAGAUUUGCAUGCUUCCACCUCUAAAUCAACACAAAACUUAUUUAUAUGAAGAAAAAAAACGAAUGCAUGGAUUGUACAAGCUCCCACGCUUCUUCACCAUAGAAGGAAACAAAAAAAGCUUAAGAAAACAUCAAUUUGAAAGUGCCAUUGAUUUUUGGAUCAUACUAUAAACAUGAUACAAAGAAGAAAUGCAAUAAUUAGUCCACCUAAAUACCUGUAGUUCUUUUAUUUUUGUACUGCUGGUUUAUAUCUCAUGUGUUGUGACGGCAUGCCCCUGGGAGCCUUUCGCUGCCGCAGUUAUGAUGUCAAAGUCACAUGACUCUUCUCGUGCAUCCUGAUUGGAUCAUUUGUGUGUCCCCGCCCCCCGAUCCUGAUCAUUAUGACUGGAGGACAGCUCGAAAGAAUCAGCUUGCAUGCACCUCCACCUCAGUGUUUCCCAGACGCCAGCGAUCUCAAUAAUCAGGUUUUGGACUUGAUUCAUAUGUGUACUGCUUGCUUUUGGAGCAGCCAAUGACAAAACAAGAACCUCUUUAGCUCCUCUAUAAGAUUCAAAUCAACUCAAAAAGUCAUCUCCACCCAAAGCAGGCUUUUGUUUUGGUAGAAAACGUGAGGAAUUGUCCAGCAGGGGGAGCUCCAUGAAACGCCACUUUCCCACUGCUGCUUUUGAGGCCUCCAGAGUCGUGAGGAAACCAGAAACAAUGUGAAUUGCACUAUAAACGCGCCUGCAAACAGGAGAGAGACGUUCUCCCAUCACUGCGGCUCACAGAUGGUGCUGACUUUGGGAGAAAUAAUCAAUGGGAGAGCCAAACGGACGUAAAGUGUGCUCCUAAGAUGUUUGAUUUUUUUUUUUUUUUUUUUUUUUUCGCCAAAGCUGCUGCUCACAAAACUUUGCCUGGCUGUGUGUGACCUUCGGUUUGUUCCUGAUUGGGUUUUUAAGUGUUUGUUUGAGACUACAUUAGGAUUUUAUAUACCCACGCAUGUGAAAUUGUGAACUAUAACUGCCACUUGCCCCAUUACACUGGCAAAACCUGAACUUCCUGAAUGAGUUGAUUAUUUAAAAAACUGCCUAUCCUCGUGAAGCUCUUUCGCUGUCACUUUAAUCAUCGCUGCCAAUCCUUCUCCUCCCGGCUGUACAUAGUGCUAAUACAGAAUGCAAGUAUUAACGCAGGGAGGGGAGCCGAGCAGUAGUUUUAGAAUUUGAGGCCAAUUUUGAAAACCGCUGCCUAUUAUUAUUAUUAUUAUUAUUAUUAUUAUUAUAUUAUUAUUAUUAUUAUUGAGAUAUGGUCCACUAACUGAGUUGCCACUUCCCCAUCAGUUUUGUCAUGUUCGUCUGCUAUGAAGGCGGCAGGCUGAACCUGAUUUUUGAUUUUGUAAGCUAACCUCUGUUAAUAAAAGGUUUAUAAAGUUUAUUUUUGCCAAAGAUAUGCAACUGUUGCAUUAUAUAUGGUAUUAAAGAAUAAAAGAGUUUUUUUUCUUUUA